AUGGAGGACCCUGAGAAGAAGCUGAACCAGAAGAGCGACGACAAACCCCGGAAAGUACGAUUUAAAAUCUCCUCCUCCUACAGUGGUCGAGUGUUGAAGCAGGUCUUUGAGGAUGGGCAGGAAUUAGAGUCGCCAAAGGAGGAAUAUCCUCACAGUUUUCUCCAGGAGUCCCUUGAACCCAUGGAUGGUGUGUACGGAUCUGGGGAAGCCCCCAAGCCCCAGGUAUACUCCCCUAAGCUGACUGCUCAGAGGAUCAGUGUGUUUAGAGAGGGCAGUGCCUACACUUUGGCGAGCAGCCAGCCUCUGUUCAACCAUUACAAGGCGAAUGACCAUAAGCCCCCACCUAUUAUCGAUUUUGGAAAGAUAAUCAUCUACACAAACAACCUGAAAAUCAUCCGAACCCCAAUGGACAGGAGAGACUUCAUGAGAAAGAUGCUGCAGAAGGAGGAGGAGGCUAAAGAGGAGUCCCUGAUGGGGAAAGAGGAGAGCUACGGAGACAGGGAGCAGAACCAUGGGCCCGUGCCGGAGAUGGAGAACACAUGCCGUAACCAAUAUGCACAGGAAGGGGAGCUGCCUGAGGACAACUGUCUUCACUGCCAAGGGUCGGGCAGUGCCACCUGCUCUCUGUGCCACGGCAGCAAGUUCUCAAUGCUGGCCAACAGAUUCAAGGAGUCCUACCGGGCGCUGAGGUGCCCCGCCUGCAAUGAAAAUGGCCUACAGCCUUGCCAGAUUUGCAAUCAAUAGCCUGUGGCUUUCGCACAUCUGCUUUCAUCACACCCUCCCUCAGAUUAUUUCUAAUAAACUACUCCCUCUUUCUCCUGCCUUUCUCAGCAAGGAAGCCACAGCAGUCCCCAAUCACCUCCACCACUGGCUAAACUCAAUUUAUUCUAUGACAUUUUGUGAAGCUGCAACAUCUCCGUGUGGUUCUAAGUGGCAGGAGCAUUUUCAAAUUAGAGUCUGCUUUGAAACUGGUUUUAAAAUUAUCCUUCCAGGAAUAUGUGCAGGAAUCUCACUUGACUUAGCUCACCAGUGAACAAAUCAAUGUACACCCCACGCAGCAGGUUGAAGUCAUUUUCUGGUUAGGAGUUGUUUUGCAAAAUUAUGCAGUGAGAAAAAUAAAAAUACAGGUUUUAGAUGAACAUGAUGCCUGAUGCUCCUUAUGCAUUUAAUUGUCAUUGGUCAAUUUGGAUUGCUAACGAAGCAGAGGAAAGGGAUAGGCCUGGUGGAAUGCACUGGCAGACCACCGGGAGCAGAGCAAGAUGCUUACUGUGGAGAUGGGCAAGCCCAGGCCGCCUUUGUGAAGCCCUGAGGCUCUGCAGUGUCAUGUGCUUGCUGACAGUCACAGAGGCAGCGAGCAGUACUCCUCCUUAGAUUAAG